AAAAAAACAAGCGGGAAACUUAGCAGCGAAUUUUGCACAAAGAGAAAACACAGGAAAGAUACAAGAAUCAAAGUACAAUUUACAGAGAGUAACUAGAAAAUAAUUGAGGAUUUAUUAUCGUUUCAUAUAAGAAUUAAGAUCUUCUGUUCCAGAAUGCAUUCAUAGAUGAUAUAGUUUAUGCAUGAAUUGAACAAAAUCUUAUUUUUAAGAUAGAAGAGGCAAUGGCAAUUAUUUCUGUAUUUUAGAAACAAGUAAAUGCACAAGAAUGGAACCACCGCAAGAAUUUCCAUUUCCUUUUCCAGCAUAUCAAAUACAAAAGCAAUUUAUGAAGGAUCUCUACAAUUGUUUAGAAAGUGGCAAAUUAGGUCUUUUUGAAAGUCCAACUGGUACUGGAAAAUCUUUAUCUCUCAUUUGUGGUGCACUUAGAUGGUUAAUCGAUCAUGAGAAAUGGAAAAAGCAGGAAAUAAAUUCCAUAAUUGCAGAAAUAGAUAACAAAAUAAAGAACUGUAAAAAACCAUCUGAUGAUUGGUUUACAAUGCAAACAGAACAGAUAGAGUUAAAUAGACAAAGAGAGCCAUUACAAGCUAAAUUAAAUGCACUUCUUGAAUAUGAAAGUGAAAAAGAAAAGUUUAAAAAGAUAGUUGAAUCAAAGAAAGUUGCUCAAACUAAAACAAUUGGAAAAAUAAAGCGACAGCUCCCAACAAAGUUUAAAGAGUCUAAUAAAACGAAAGAAAUUGAUUUGGAUAUCUCUGAUGUUGAAAAGGAUCUUAUCUUGGAGGAUGCAUUGUCAAAUUCAGAAAAUUCUGAGGAAGAAGAUACAGAAGAACCAUUAUUUAAGAAUACUAAGAUUUUCUUUUGUUCUAGAACACAUUCACAGUUGACACAGUUUGUACAUGAAUUGAAGAAAUCUCCUUAUUCUCAAGAUAUUUCUGUGGUGCCUCUCUCGUCAAGACAAAAUUACUGCAUUAACAAAAAUAUCAAGAGAUUGAAACAUGUCAGUUUGAUUAAUGAAAUCUGUCUACAGUUACAAAGAAAAAAAACUACUGUUAAGAAGGAAAAGGAUCUAAAGAAAUCAAAAACCACAAGUGGUUGUCCCUUCAUGCCAGGCGAUCAGAAAUUACUAAUGGCUGAAAUUUUAACAAGUAUUCAAGAUAUUGAAGAGAUUGCACGAAAAGGGCAGGAAAAUAAUACUUGUCCAUAUUAUAGUUCAAGAAAAUCUCUGCAAAAUGGACAAUUGAUAUUGGUUCCAUACAAUUCAAUUCUACAUAAAAGCACGAGAGAUAGUUUAGGAAUAGAUUUGAAAGGAAAUGUUUUAAUAAUAGACGAAGCUCAUAAUUUACUGGAUGCCAUUGAAGGAAUGCAUAGUUCUAUAAUUACAGGAAAGAAUCUGCUCCACUGUUACAGUCAGCUAUCACAAUAUCAGAAAAAAUUUGAAUCUUUGUUCUCAGCUAAAAGCGUAUUAUAUUUAAGUCAGCUAAGUUUUUGCUUAAAGAAACUUUUAACUCUCUUUGGAGCAACCACAAAAUCUCAUCCCAAUGACGAGAUCAAUAAAACAGUAACUACAAAAUUAUAUAAAAUAGAGGAAUUCGAACUGCUUACAGAGAUCGAUACAGUAAAUAUAUUCAAACUAUUAGAAUUCGUUAAAACUUCGAAACUUACUCAUAAAUUACAAGGAUUUGUCGAGCAAUAUGGCAAUAGCAUAAAAAUCAAUGAACAGAAAAUAAAGAAAUCCGGUAUUACGGAAUUUCUAAACUCCAUUAAAAACAAAGAUACAUUGUCUCAAGAAACCGUUAGUAUCGCGGAUAUAGCAGAAAACAAUGAAGAACAAAUGAGCAAUCCAUUGAUGGCAAUUUUGAACUUCCUAGAGUGCCUGAAAAGCCGUUGCAUAGACGGCAGAAUAUGUGUUUUACCUGGUGCCACUAUCGGACAAGGGAUUAUAAAAUUUUUAUUGUUAAAUCCAGCAACACAUUUUCACGAUAUCGUGAGAGAUGCCAGAUCGGUGAUACUGGCUGGUGGCACAAUGGAACCCAUGUCUGAAUUUAUAGAUCAAUUGUUCCUAAUGGCAGGUGCAAUGCCAGACAGAAUUAUGACAUUUUCAUGCGACCAUGUAAUUCCCAAAGAAAAUAUUCUAUCCAAUGUUGUGAUAUGUGGUCCGACUGGAGUUGAAUUCGAAUUUAAUUUUCAUAAUAGGCAAGAUAUAAAAUUGCUGGAUGAAUUAGGAAGAACUCUAUUAAAUGUAUGUAACAUUGUACCAGCUGGAAUUGUAGUAUUCUUCCCAUCUUAUAGCUAUGAAGAUAUAGUAUUCAAGCAUUUAGAUAAAUCUGGCAUUGUAUCAAAAAUUUCUAUAAAGAAACAUAUCUAUCGUGAACCUAAAUUAGCAUCACAAGUCAAUGUAAUAUUAGAUCAAUAUGCACAUUCCAUCAAGAAUCCACAAUCUCCGUGUAAUGGAUCAUUAUUGUUCAGUGUAGUUGGUGGUAAAUUAAGUGAAGGUUUAAACUUUUCUGAUGAUUUAGGUCGAUGUAUUAUAGUCGUUGGUUUGCCAUAUCCUAACAUUAAAUCACCGGAAUUGCAAGAGAAGAUGAAAUACUUAAAUGAACAUGUGAAACCGGAUGCCGGAAGCAGUUUUUAUGAGAACUCGUGCAUGAAAGCAGUGAAUCAAUGUAUCGGUCGAUCCGUUCGUCAUAUCAAUGAUUAUUCGACGGUUAUAUUAUUAGAUAAACGUUAUUGUCAUAAAAUCAAAGUACUACCACAAUGGAUCCAACGUUCUCUGACAAUCAAUGAUUCAUUUGGACCUGUAAUUGGUCGUGACAAUAGAUUUCCCCGGGCCGCAGAAUGGAGCAAGGAAAGUGUGACUGAAAAAAAAUUUAAUUCAUAA